UCAAGUUGUUUGCCAGGCCGUCCGUUGUUCGUGCGUGAUUGGUCAGGGUUUGUCAGCGCGUAUACACAGCUGUGCUUCCUUAUACCAGAGUGGAUCUACUCAGUGGCGAUAUAAAACACAGCACAGGAUCUGGGAACGUCAAAUACCAGCACUCUCUUAGCAUCUGCGCUCACCUCUCUCUCAUUCUGCUGACUCCGACUCAACGCCAUUCGCGAACAUGAAGCCACAAUCCAAGCCGACGGAUUCAAAAUUCGAGGAAGCUUUACGCGCUACCAUUCGCUCAGCUUCUAGUAUCACUCGUGCCUCCAUUUUCAGUGAAUUCGAGCGAGAUAGUAAUGAUAACAUGAGUGAAUGCUAUGAGAGACUAAAAAACAUGGUUCCUAAUGUGCCAGUAGGAAGAAGAAUCUCUAAAGUCGAGAUUUUGCAGUAUGUUAUUGACUAUAUAUUGGAUCUCCAAACCGCGCUGGAGAAUCAGACAGCAAAUAGAAGAAGGCGCCGGAGUAACCGGGUUAACAGGAGUCCUCUGAGCACGAUUUCACUUAACGAGGACAUCGAAAAGGCGUGAUCCGUGAAGUCUGGCGUAUAUCAGCCGCCACUAACCAGCUCCCAUUGAUGGUGUCAAGCCGAGAUCCCGGUGGCAGGGGAAGGAGACGUUGUGAGAUACGGAAUAGCUCCUUUUGCCCUCGGGACAAACCGGCAUUCAAGGAAAUACUUUAAUGUAAAUCAUGACAAAAUAAUCUUCUAUCACAAUAUCAAUUUUAUUGUUUCCUUCUAUAAAAGGUCCCCCAAGAUGUAACUUGAAGUGAGAGUGGAACCUCUUUAUAGUUCAGUUUUAAGACUUCCCCAAGAUGUAACUUGGAAUGAGAAUUGAACCUUUUGAUAGUUCCGUUAUAAGAACAUUAGCGGUCCACUAAGUUAAGUACCAACUGGUCUGCACACGUGUACAAGUAGUUGGACAUUUGGUAGAGUUAUCAGGCAGUCAGAAGUGGGCUUUUCUGCGCUCAAACGAGAGAGGAUUAACCCAGCAAUGUACCGUACCCCCGAUAGAUGAUGGAGAAAUCGCACCAAGGAUGCUCGCAUGACGGACACAUCAAAUGCUACAAUGACUGUUGCACAUGGUUCUUAAAGUGUACAUAGUUUGGCAUAAAAUUUAUAAUUUUGGGUA